AAUACAGUUGCUCCCUCUUCAACCAACAGUGCGCCAUUUGCUCAACCAAAAAUAUAACCACUGAGCUCUGAAUCUUAAACUCCACCGGAAAAUUCGACAAUGCCGAUUCACCGGAUCGCCAUCGGCAACCCCGGCGAGGCCGCCCACCCCGAUGCCCUCAGGGCGGCGUUCGCCGAGUUCUUCUCCACGCUCAUUUUCGUUUUCGCCGGACAAGGCUCAGGCAUGGCUUUCACUAAGCUGACAGACGGCGGAGCUCCGACGCCUUCUGGGCUAAUAGCGGCGGCGCUAUCCCACGGAAUGGCGCUCUUCGUGGCGGUUUCAGUCGGCGCCAACAUUUCUGGCGGCCACGUGAAUCCGGCGGUGACAUUCGGAGCCUUCAUGGGAGGACACAUCACACUUUUAAGGAGCAUAUUGUACUGGAUCGCCCAACUCCUCGGUUCCGCCAUCGCCUGCCUCCUCCUCAACUACGCCACCGGCGGAAUGGAAACCUCGGCAUUUGGACUCUCAUCCGGGGUAACGACCUGGAAUGCGGUGACGUUCGAGAUCGUGAUGACAUUCGGGCUGGUGUACACGGUGUACGCGACGGCCGUGGAUCCAAAGAAGGGAGAUUUGGGCAUCAUUGCGCCCAUAGCCAUCGGUUUCAUCGUGGGCGCCAACAUCUUAGCCGGCGGAGCCUUCGACGGCGCAUCCAUGAACCCCGCGGUGGCUUUCGGCCCUGCGGUGGUCAGCUGGACAUGGACCCACCACUGGGUUUACUGGCUCGGCCCCUUCCUGGGGGCCGCCAUUGCUGCUCUUGUCUAUGACAACAUCUUCAUUGGAGGUCACCCUCAUGAACAGCUUCCAAAUUAAAAUGUUGAGAUCGAGUUGGGUUUCUGAUCGAUCUGCUCUGCUGUUUUAGCACUUUGAACUGUUACGUUCUUGUUGGAUUUAUUUUUUUUUAAAGUGUUUUUCUUCUUUCCCAGAAUGUUCUGUAUCUUGUUUGAUAGUUAAUUGAUUGAAUGUCUGUUUCUGUUUCA